AUGAGUAUCCCGAAUGGACAGCAGCAUGCCUUUCUGCAGCAACAAGGCCAACAGCAGCAAGUUCCUCCAGCUACGGAUGAGCUCCUUCGUCAGUGUUUGCACCUGAUGACACAAGUUCUCCAGCAACAGCAGAACAGUCAGCAGUCACAAGAGAACUUCAUCAGGCAAGUCGUUUCGGAAGUGCAUGCGGGCGCAGCACCCAGUCCGGAACAAAUUCUCGAUUCCCUUGCUGGGAAUAUCAAGGAGUUCCGCUACGACGCGGACAGUAGCAUCACGUUUGCAGCCUGGUUCACGAGGUACGACGAGCUGUUCGAAAAGGAUGCUGCUCGGUUGGACGACCAAGCGAAGGUCAGAUUGCUGCUCAGAAAGCUGGGAACAUCUGAACACGAAAGGUACGUCUCUUUUAUUCUGCCGAGAACACCGAAGGAACAUACUUUUGCAGACACGGUCGCAAAAUUGAAAAGUUUGUUCGGGGCGAAAGAGUCGGUGAUCAGCAGGCGAUACAGAACCCUUCAGAUCGCUAAACAACCGACCGAAGAUCACAUCGCUUACGCCUGCCGUGUGAAUAAGCUCUGCGUCGAGUUCGAGCUGGGAAAGUUGUCAGAGCAACAGUUCAAGUGCUUGAUGUUCGUGUGCGGACUAAAGUCUGAGCGUGAUUCAGAGACUCGGACCCGACUCCUGUCACGGAUUGAGGAGAACAAUAACCUCACGUUGGAGCAAUUAUCGAAUGAAUGCCAGCGUCUCAUCAAUCUCAAACACGAUAAUGCUAUGAUCGAAUCUGCUGCAUCUUUCGAUCAGGUUAAUCAGCUCAAGCAGAAAUAUGACAGUAAUCGUAACAGACGUCAGCUGUCUCCCAGGUCAGAUGCGAACAACACAAAGCGGAAACCCGAUACUCCGUGCUGGUAUUGUGGUGCGUUCCAUUAUGUUCGUGACUGCCCGUACAAGAACCGUCAAUGUCCCGAUUGUAGUCGGUACGGUCAUCGUCAAGGAUACUGUGCAAGUUCCAAGAAGAAGAAGAGAGGUGGAAAACGUUCGGUGGCCAGCAAGGUUGUCGUUGUCAACAUGUGCAACGUGCAGAGGCGGCGGAAAUUUGUCUCCGUUGUGCUAAAUGGAACUCACAUCCAUCUUCAGUUAGACACAGCGUCCGACAUCACGGUCAUCAGCAAACCGAUCUGGCGAAAGGUCGGUAGUCCCAGAUUAUCACCAUCUACAGUGAAGGCGAAAACAGCAUCUGGGAACAUUUUGUCAUUCGAAGGUGAAUUUCGAUGUGACGUCACCAUCGGCGGAAACACUCGCAGCGAAAUUAUCCGGGUAACUGAAAAGCAGCUGCAAAUUCUCGGAUCUGAUUUGGUCGAUAGCUUCGAUUUAUGGUCCGUGCCAAUGGAUACUUUUUGCUGCCAGGUAUCUAGUUCUUCGACUUCCAGCGCAGCGCUUAGUUCUGCAUUUCCAGAAGUUUUCAGUGAGAAACUUGGGCUCUGCAAUAAGGUACAGGUGAAGUUAGACGUAAAGGAUCAGUGCAAGCCCAUUUUCUGUCCCAAACGCCCGGUUGCGUACUCUAUGUACAACGCAGUCGAUCAAGAGUUGGACCGGUUACAGCAGCUGAACAUCAUUACACCGGUCGACUACUCGGAGUGGGCAGCACCAAUCGUCGUAGUGCGCAAAGCAAAUGGUGCCAUUCGUGUUUGCGGAGAUUAUUCUACAGGACUCAACUCCGCUCUUCAGCCUCACCAAUACCCGCUCCCUCUUCCGGAAGACAUCUUCGCUAAGCUGGCUAACUGCAAAGUUUUCAGUCAGAUCGAUCUUUCGGAUGCAUUUUUGCAAGUUGAGGUCGACGAGCAGUUUCGUCAUCUGCUCACCAUCAACACGCACCGUGGUUUGUUUCAUUACAAUCGUCUUCCACCUGGUGUAAAGGUAGCACCGGGUAUCUUCCAGCAGCUCAUCGACACCAUGCUAGCCGGGUUGGAAAAAGUUUCCGGUUAUCUCGAUGACGUUAUCGUUGGCGGUGAAGACGAAGCAGCUCACAACCGCAACCUGAAAGCAGUUCUUCAGCGAAUCCAGGAUUUUGGGUUCACCAUUAGAGCCGAAAAAUGUACCUUCGGCAAGAAGCAGAUACCGUAUCUGGGCUACAUUGUUGACCAUCGAGGUCUGCGUCCAGAUCCAGCCAAAAUCGAGGCAAUAGUGCAGCUUCCGCCUCCCACUGACGUUCACGGUGUACGUUCCUUCCUCGGGGCGAUCAAUUAUUACGGGAAGUUUGUCCCGAACAUGCGAAUGCUUCGCUUCCCGCUGGACAAUCUGCUGAAAUCGCAGUCGAAAUUCCAGUGGACAACGGAGUGCCAGCAGGCAUUCGAGCGUUUCAAGCAGAUUCUCACCUCAGAUCUUCUACUAACGCACUACGAUCCGAAAAAGGAGAUCAUUGUUUCUGCUGACGCAUCUUCAGUUGGUGUUGGAGCCACAAUCAGUCACAGGUUCCCAGAUGGCUCCAUCAAAAUAGUACAGCAUGCUUCCAGAGCACUUACGAAGGCAGAGCAGAACUACAGUCAACCGGAUCGUGAAGGUCUAGCUAUCAUCUUUGCCGUCACCAAGUUUCACAAAAUGAUCUUCGGACGGCGCUUCUUGCUGCAGACUGACCACGCUCCGCUGCUCCGAAUCUUCGGGUCCAAGAAGGGCAUACCGGUAUACACAGCCAACCGGUUACAGCGCUUUGCCCUCACUCUACUGCUGUACGAUUUCACCAUCGAGUACGUUCCCACUGAUAAGUUCGGUAACGCCGACGUGCUGUCCCGGUUGAUAAAACGACACGCGCGACCAGAUGAAGACUACGUCAUCGCCAGCAUAAUUCUCGAGAAGGAUGUUAGGUCAGUAGCAGUUGAUACAGUAGAUGCGUUGCCUCUUACUUUCAGAAACGUCGCUCGAAGUACCCAAGCUGAUCCAGUUCUCCGGAAGGUCUAUCGUUUUAUAACCGACGGUUGGCCUCAAGCGAAAGCAAUCGAUCCGGAGCUACAACGAUUCCAAGUCAGACAGGAAUCCCUCACUACCGUUGAUGGAUGCAUACUGUUCGCUGAUCGGCUCGUCAUCCCAGCUCAGUACCGCAAGCGUUGUUUAGAUCAGCUUCACAAUGGUCAUCCUGGUACACAGCGUAUGAAGGCCAUCGCCAGGAGCUACGUCUAUUGGCCAUCCAUCGACGAAGACAUCGCCGGUUAUGUGAAAACAUGUCGGCAUUGUGCAGCGACUGCCAAGUCACCGCCUCACGCCGUCCCAGUGCCGAAGGCAUCGGGACCUUGGCAGCGUGUUCACGUAGACUUCGCCGGUCCCAUCGACGGUGAGUACUAA